AUGGUGAACUGUGAAAAGUUUCAGAAGAAGAAAAACCUCACCGUCAUCCCUCCAAGAGCGGUGCCUAAGAAACAUCAUGAUUUCUGGACUUUCCAGCCACUGUCCCCUAAAGAGGACAUCGAAGAAAAACUUCUACUGGAAUCCAUUGCUUGGCCAGAAACUCCACCUUUGCCGAUUCCUCUUUCCCUGAACGAAGCCACUUAUCCAGCUAACAGCACCUUCACCAUUCUUCCACAGAGAGGAGAUGGACAGUGGCAUUUAGGGGACAAGCUGAAGGUGCUGAUCAAAAUGUAUGACUUUCAAGGAAGUCCUAAGAAGUCUGGAGGAGACGUCUUAUUCGCCCGGCUGCAUAAUCCGAGUCUUGGUGCAGGUGUGGCUGGAAAAGUGGAGGAUCAUCUCAAUGGCACCUACUCUGCUGUUUUCUCUUUAAUCUGGGAAGGAAGUGCUUGGGUUGAGGUGACACUGGUUCACCCCAGUGAGGCCAUCACGGUGCUACGCAGGUUGAACAGUGAACAGCCUGACAGAGUUGACUUCCAGAGCCUCUUCCACUCAGGCUCUGUCUCUGAAACUACCAUCUGUAACGUAUUCCUGCGUUCGACCGAGCAGCCGCUGUGCAACUACACUGACCUCCAUACAGGUGAUCCUUGGUUCUGCUUCAAGCCAAAGAAUCUGAACUGUGAUACCAGGAUCAACCACUCCAGGAGAGAAGUCAAACAAAACCUCAAGGCCAAGGAGGAGAAACUCUUUCAGCUCCGUGUCAACAUGAAAGUCUCAAUUCCAGCUUCAGGACCUGCUCAUGUCACUGUGUUGCCAAGACAGAAAGAUCUCAAGGAGUUUGACCUGCACUCCCCAAAGGGAGUUGGACCUUUCAUGGCCAUGGACUUUGCAAACAACAUCUUGGUGACGUUCCGUUGCCAUGGUCCUCCUCUCCGUUUUCUCCCUGUCCCAAUCAACGAGUUGUGUUACAUUGCCAAUGAACUAGACAAUGUAAUCGGAGGCACCAACACUGUCGUGAUCUUUGGCACCUGGGCGCACUUCGGCAGUUUUCCAGUGGAGGUCUACUUCCGGCGGAUGCAGAGCAUCCGCAGGGCGGUGGUACGCCUGCUGAACAGAUCUCCAAGUACAGUGGUCAUCAUCCGGACAGCAAACCCCAAAGCUUUGACGUUAGACGCGAGUCUGACCAACAGCGACUGGUACUCUCUGCAGAAUGACAAAGUUCUCAGGGCCAUAUUUAAAGGAUUGAAUGUUCAUCUGGUGGAUACCUGGGAGAUGGUCCUGGCCCACCACUUACCUCACGAUAUCCACCCACCACCUCCCAUUAUUAAGAAUAUGAUCAAUGUUCUCUUGUCCUACAUAUGUCCUAUAAAGAGUGGCUGGAUUUUGUCUUCAGCAAUCUGGUAA